GUUUUGAGUCGGUCCCCGUGGGGGAACUGAGUGAGGGCUGGGGAAACUUUGAAAGUUGGAUGCUUCAGAUCCGGUUUUCGUGUGUUAUGCUGCAUCUGGAGGAAUGGGUAGCAAGAAACUAAGACGAGUGGGCUUGUCACAGGAGAUGUGUGACCGUUUAAGCAGACAUCAGAUUGUUACCUGCAAGGACUUUUUAUGUCUUUCUCCACUGGAGCUUAUGAAGAUGACUGGCCUUAGUUAUGGAGGUGUCCAUGAACUUUUGUGUAUGGUUAGUAGGGCCUGUGCUCCACAGAUGCAAACGGCUUAUGAGAUACAGACACAAAGGUCUGCAGCUCUCUUGCCAGCAUUCUUAUCUACAACCCUACCUGCUUUGGAUGAAGCCUUGCAUGGUGGUGUUGCUUGUGGAUCCCUGACAGAGAUUACAGGUCCACCAGGCUGUGGGAAGACUCAGUUUUGUAUAAUGAUGAGUGUUUUGGCUACUUUACCCACCAACAUGGGAGGAUUAGGGGGAGCUGUUGUGUACAUUGAUACGGAGUCAGCAUUUAGUGCUGAAAGAUUGGUCAAGAUAGCAGAAUCUCGUUUUCCCAGAUAUUUCGACACUGAAGAAAAAUUACUUUCAACAAGCAGCAAAGUUCACCUUUAUCAGGAACUCAGCUGUGAUGCAGUUCUGCAAAGGAUUGAAUCUUUGGAAGAAGAAAUUAUUUCAAAAGGUGUGAAAAUGGUGAUUAUUGACUCUGUUGCUUCUGUGGUGAGGAAGGAGUUUGAUACACAACUUCAGGGCAACAUGAGAGAAAGAAGUAAGUUCUUGGCGAAAGAAGCAGCCUCCUUGAAGUACUUGGCCAAGGAAUUUUCAAUCCCUGUUAUCUUGACGAAUCAAAUUACAACUCAUCUGAGCAGAGCCCUAGCUUCUCAGGCAGACCUGGUGUCUCCAGCUGAUGAUUUGUCCCUGUCUGAAGGUACUUCUGGAUCCAGCUGUGUGACAGCUGCACUAGGAAACACCUGGAGUCACUGUGUGAACACCCGGCUGAUUCUUCAGAACCUUGGUUCAGGCAGAAGACAGGUUUUCAAUAAGAUUGCUUCCGAAAAGAUUUGUAGAAUUUGUCCCAACAUUCUAAACCAAAUUGAGAUUCUUAUUGCCAAGUCUCCUCUGGCCCCCUUUACCUCAUUUGUCUACACCAUCAAGGAGGAAGGCCUGGUUCUUCAAGAUUAGAACCAGCCAUUUCUUGUGCUCCUUCAAGCACCUUCUGUGGUUUCCUGACAGCUGCCUGUGAGGGCUUCCUGAGGCCGGGGACUGUGCUGCAAAGGCCUCCGACUCCCAUAGCACCUAACGGAAUGCUUCAUAUACAAUGGCCCUCAAUUAAUAAUGGAUUCACUGAUCAGGUUGUAUUUACCAAGCCCUAUAUAAAAGCUAAUUGAACUGUAACAGCUUUUGGACUUGUUUAUAGAAUUACACAUUGUUAACGCAAAAACGUUUUCACUUUUAAUUUGAAGGCACAGAUAUGAAAAGAUACUAGAGUCAUACUCAGAAAGAAGAUGUAUUCAUAGAGUGUUGACAGGGGUUGAGGGUGUCUUCCUUUUAUAUUAUUAUUAUUACUUUUCUGUGUCUUCCAAAUCAUUUUCUGUGGCCUACCUUUGCUUCUGUAAUUGUGAAAAACAGUGCAUGCUCUUUUUGUUUCUCUCAUCUUUCUUUUUAUGACUAUGUAGAGACUGAGUUCUAUUCUCCCUCUCUUUGGGGCCCUUCACAUACCCUCUCAACUUCCCUUGGAAAAGAUGGUGUCCUGGGACUUCCUUGCAAAAACAAAAUAAAUAAAUAAAAUUAAAAAAUCUCAUGAGGCUAUAAAGGUAAAGUGAACUGAAAAAAAAAAAAAAGAUAACAAAAUGGCUGUCUUGCUUUCAUUAUACCCCAGUGCCAGAUAACACAGAGUUAAUGAUUAUGGUUAUCAUUUAACUGCUGGAAGGGAGGAGCUGGGAGUCCAGGGACACUCCUCAGUCCUCAGGCCUCCUGGACUGCCUGUCAGCAUGUUGUCAGGCUGCUCAGGGCCAGAUGAACAACACCCAGCCACAGUGGAAGCGACUGUUCCUUGAACUUUGCUUCAGACCCCGCCUGCCAGGGUCUCCGGAGGGAAGCGUUCACCUCUAGCCCAAAUGAAAAGGAGCUUCAGGAAAACCACAGCAGAGGCCUCAGGCCCUGAACUUUACAUGUCUUACACUGCCAGAAUUGCUGUCUGUCUGCUGAGAGCACUGCAAUUCCCCUUUCCUCACCCCCCCUCACUGCCCCACGCUCCCCCCCCCCCCCAAGUGGGAUAGGGAAAGCAAAGAGCCUGAGGAACGCAGACAUCUUGUGGCUGGAGAGUCUGUCUCAAGAGCUGCCUUUGACUGCAUGGCCAGGUGUGCCAGGGAGGGGCUGGAGUCAUGUGGGAAAGUGGGGUGAACCCCAAGGAGGAGGUCAGACUCAAUCUGAGGAUGAAAUUCCAAGAAACGCAACCUGCACAAUGCCAAGUUUGUGUAGCCACCCCCCCCCCCCUUUCUGGAAAGGAUCCUACCCAAAUUGCUGGGGUUUCCAGUGUGAUAUUUGAUAAGUGUAAAUAGGCUGGAAAUAUCCUCAAGAUUUUUCAGUUUCAUCCCAUUAGUGGUGGCCCCUGAGGAAUGUCCUGCCAAUAAUUGUGUGGGCCAGAUGGGUCUAGCGUUUAUCCCCACCACGCAGCCCCAAGUGCUGGACCACCUGCCUGUGGGGAGAUGCCAUGAACCAAUGGCGCACUGGGUAUUUACCCACAGUAGACCUUCCUCAGCCCUGUAGCAACAGAGUCCACAGCAGCUCUCCCAGAAUUCCACAGUAGCAACAUGGCCUCCAACCAGCCCCCCAGUCUCAUGACUUCUUGUCUUCAGAGGCCAGAGCUGAGUGAAAACUCAGUGCUCACCUGCUCAAUUGAGUUCUGCUGAGCAGGAGACCCUUGCAGCUCAAGCUCCCUGGGAAAGAGGAGGACUGGUUCUGGUCUCUGCACAUAGUAGGGUUUUAUAAGUGGGUAGUGAAUGAAUGAUUGAGUGUUUUGCCGUAUAAACACAAUGUUGUUUUCUUUUGUUGCACCACUAGGACCUGGCAUGUGUGAUUCCAUGACCCCAGGCCAGCUUUUUUAUGCAGAUAGAGUGAUGGAGACAGACAGACAUUACAGCACUCCGGCUUCCCUCAGUGCCACUGGAGCACUCCUCCCCAUGUGGUGUCAGGGAUCAGAGCUGGGCCGAGUGCAUGGCAAUGCUGGUGCUCUGCCAGGAGUCCUGAAAUCUCUUCCCGGUGUGGGUGUGCUGCUGGCUGCUCACUCUGUUUUAGAGAUCCCACCAUGGAGAGCUCCUGAGACAGACUCAUCAAAGCCGGAAGCCAAGCCCUUGACAGGUGAUUGGACUGAGAUCUGAAAACGGAGAUGGACUGAAACUCCCUGUGCCCAGAUGUCCUGACCACAGACCAGAAUGCAGGAGGAGGGACAGAAAGAGAAAAAGAGAGAUGAGGAGAGACACCUCAGUUCCAGGACUUUUCCCAGUGCUGUGGUGCUCCCAUGUAAUAGCAGGACUCGAAUUUGAACCUCUUUGGUGGCAAGACACACUCUUUACCUGGUGAGCUCUCUUCCACCACCACCAGCCCCUCCCCCUUUUUUCCACUUUCAAAAACUCAAGCCAUAUGUCUAAGCUUUUCUCUCUCCCCCCCAUAAAGUCCCUUACUUUAAG